UUGAAACGCCGCCUCCUCUGCCUCUGCCUCUGGUACCGGUAGUUUCCCCGCCGGCAGAUCUGCUCUGCUCCGGUCCGCUCCCCUCACCGGCAGGCACCAUGAUGCACUACCUGUACCAGCAGGAAAUCCAGCGGGAGAACCGGCGGCGGAGCCUCCUGCUCCGGCAGAUGGAGGAAGGCCACGCCGAGCUGCUCAACUGGCCUGCUCUGAUCCAGCGCGGACGAUAUGCGCACCACCUUGGGAUCAUCACCAGGUGCGCUACGGCCGUGCUGGGCCUGGCGAUUCUGAUCUACGUGUUGGUGCUCAAGUACAAGUACCACCUGCCCGAGCUGCAGGAUCCCAUUGACAUGGGGGCGUGUGUGUUUGUGGCUCUCUGCUUCAUCCCAUCCGGCUACCUCUGUACUCAAGACUACUCCAUAUCCAAACUUGGCUUCUUGUUUGCUUGCUAGCUUGGAGGAUUAGCUAGGCAGGAUCUCCCUAGGACAAGUGAAAGUUUGUUAAUCACUUCCUCUUUCUCUGUAAAGAAAUAUAAAAGCGUUUAGAUCACUAGAGCGAGUACUCUUCUUCUUGGUCUUCUUUCAGGCAGCAGUUUGCAGGUCAGAAAUAUCAACUGUUGAGGAACAACUUAUUAGCUAUUUGUGUGUUCACAACUUUA